AUGGCCAGCCGUGUUCCUCGGCUGCGAAGCUUACGUCGUGGUCUCGCGAGCACCUGCUAUACGGGACCACGCACACGUUUCUUCCAUGUGAGUACACGGACGUCACUUCCCACCCACGAGCGCGAUAUAGUGAUCGUCGGCGCUGGCGUCGUCGGCCUCUCGAUGCUCGCUGGCUUGGUGGCGCAGUCCUCGUCGCUACCCCCUAUGCGUAUUACGAUGGUCGAUGCGAUGCAUGUGCACCGCUUCGGUGGAUGGGCCUCGAUGAUGCAGGAACGUACCUCGCCUGCUACAGAUACCCAUGACGGCGUUCCCUGGGAAAACCGCGUGAUUAGUAUGAAUAUGGACAAUCUGGCAUGGAUGCAAGAGAUAGGCGCUUACGACUACUUUGUCGCCUCGCGAUUGCGGCCUGUCGACCGGAUUCGUGUAUGGGACGGCCUUACCAAUGCCGCGGCCGAAUUUGGAUCUGGCGCGGCGCAGCUGAGUGUCAUGGUGGAAAUUGCCAAUGUCCAGCAAGCGCUCUAUCGCUACGUCCAAGAACGUCUGCCGCAGAGCCACUUGGAUAUAGAGAUUCUGGACCAAACCAAAGUCACGUCAAUUACCGCGCAGGGCCGCGAUGGAUGGCCUCAUGUCACUGUGCAAACGCCCAGCGACGCACGCACACUCUCGACGCGCCUGCUGGUCGGGGCGGACGGCCACAACUCGCCUGUAAGAACGUUUGCGGGGAUCGAGAGUUUCGGAUGGUCGUACCAAAGCAAGGGCCUUGUGGCGACGAUGCGUACGGGUCUUCAUGCGCGUAGUGCUGAGCCGAUUGUCGAUACCUCGGCAUGGCAGCGGUUCCUGCCGACAGGCACAUUGGCUUGCCUCCCGCUCUCGCCCACAUCUGCUACUGUGGUAUGGUCCUUGCCUGUGGACCUGUGUGAUGCGCUGAUUCAAUUCCACCGGCGUGCGCCGAGCCACGAGGACGGCACGUCCAGUACGUUGGCCGCGCUGAUUUCCGCGGGUUUCCGCUUGCCAUGGCCCGUCCUGGAAGCUUUGUUGUACGACGUGACGCCCACCACGGAUCCUGCAGCCUUUGAGCAGCGCAUAUACGACGCUGUAGCCACCUACGAACAAACGCAAGGCGCCGCAGCGCUCUCGUCCUUUGCCGGCGACGUGCCGCCCUGGGCCGAGGCGCUGGAUACACGCAGCGUCGCUAGCUUCCCACUGCAGGUGAAGCAUGCCGGCUGCUACCUCGGCAGUUCCCUGCAUUCGCAUACCUCACCCCUCCCACGCGCCUCGACGAUCCUCAAUGGCGUCCUUACGACGUUGGGCCUCACACCGGGCGGAGCUGCGCAGGGCAUGGGCCAGGGCCGGACUGUGUUGGUUGGCGAUGCGGCGCACUCGACGCACCCGCUAGCCGGCCAGGGCCUCAAUAUGGGCGUGCAAGACGUUCGUGCCUUGAUCGCAGCCUUGCGCGAUGCGUGUGAACACGGCAUGGAUAUCGGCACACACCAAGCCCUGCGUGCCUACGAAGCGGCGCGAUACCUUCCGAACCAAGCGAUGCUCAGUGUGACGGACCACUUGCACUGGCUCUUUGCGACGCGCCCUGCUUCGUCGUAUACGCAGCAGCCAGGCGCCUUGCAAUCGACACUGCGAGAAGCGGCGCUGCAAAGUCUGGUAUGGGCGCGCUCAACGGGUCUCGACUUGGUCAACGAACUGGGCCCACUGAAACGGUUCUUUGAGGCCGGCGCUGGCUCGGUCCGCCGUCGUACCUAA